GAGUCUCUGCCGGAAAAAAAAAAAAAUAUUUCGACGAUUUCGACUGCGUCAAAUUUGAUGAUCCGAGUGUUUUUGAUUAUAUUUUAUAUUUAAAAAUUGUGUCAUUUUUAAGUCAAUUAUUGAAAUAUAUUUUUCAUAAAUUUAUUGACUAUUUAUAAUGGAUUAUCAAGCAAAUAUUGGUGCUCCAGAUUGGAUGCAAUGUGAACACAGUACAGGAACGUCAAUUAUGGCUGUUGAAUUUGAUGGUGGAGUAGUUAUUGGAGCUGACUCAAGAACAACAUCAGGAGCUUAUAUUAGUAACCGAGUAACUGACAAGCUUACAAAAAUAACAGACAAUAUUUAUUGUUGUCGUUCUGGAUCUGCUGCUGAUACUCAAGCAAUUGCUGACAUUGUUGGCUAUCAUCUAGGAUUUCAUCAAAUGGAAUUGGGCACUCAGCCAUUAGUUGAAACAGCAGCAAAUGUAUUUCGUGAAAUGUGUUAUAAUUAUCGUGAUUCAUUGAUGGCUGGUAUAUUAGUUGCUGGUUGGGAUAAACGUAAAGGUGGUCAAGUUUAUAGUAUUCCAAUUGGUGGUAUGUGUGUUCGUCAGCCAAUAUCAAUUGGUGGUUCUGGAUCAUCAUAUAUUUAUGGUUUUGUUGAUGCUAAUUACAAACCAGGAAUGACCAAGGAACAAACUGUUGAACUUGUUCAAAAUUCAUUGGCAUUGGCAAUGAGUCGUGAUGGUAGCAGUGGUGGUGUUAUUCGUGUUGGUAUCAUCACUGAAAAAGGUGUUGAACGUAGAGUCACUGUCAACAAAGAUUUACCUAAAUUUUAUGAAGGUUAAUUAACAACAUUUAUUUACAACAAUUACUUUCAAACAAUUUAUAUUAUUGAAUAUUAAAAAACAAUAAAUAAUUUCUUCUUUUUUUUAUGUGUAUCGUCGAAACAUUAAUAAAAAAAAAAGAAAAUUUAAUUUUAAAG